AAGGAGACUAUUUGAUUAAAUUGGAUCAGGCAUCAUUAUUAACAGGCUUAUAUCUUAUUAAACAAUAUUUAGUUCUAUUGAAGAAUUCGAUUCAUGAUCUUAUGCUUAAACUAUGAAUUCAAAUUAGAUGAAUUCAGCAUGAAUAAUUUUUUUAAUGUUAUUAUUUUACAACAUAUUCAAUUAAAUCUUCGUAUUUAUUCAGGAAAUCAUCAAUUUUUCAUCUAAUAUAAAAAUUUAUUGAUGUGGUUAAAAAUUUAUUGUUUAUUGAAGAAUUGGCAUUUUCGUGAAUAAUUAAUCUAUUUUGAGAAGAUAUGAA